GCCAGUUCAGUAUCCUCGGGAGCUAACCAGUAAAACAAAUUGACGGGAGAGAGCGAAAAUAAUAAACAAUAUUGCCACUGGUUGUACCGUUUCAGUGGGACGGAAAAUUUCAAGCCUGAGCCAUGAGGAGUGUUUUCCUACUGCUCCCUGCCCUGCUUGUGCUGUUGGCAUUCCCUGGAGCCAGGGGGCGCUACAACGAUGACUUUGACGAUGGCGAGGACCUGGCGGAGUUUGACGACAACGACUUUGCCGAAUUCGAAGACGUGAGCGAAGACGCCGUCGAGACUGAGACCGACCCGCCUCCCCGUGCGGCAGCCCCCUCCGCAACUGUCGAGGACGACGAAGACGAAGCCACGGUGGAGCUCGAGGACGGCCAGGAUGAGUUUUAUGACGGAGACACGCAGGAUCAAGACAGUUUUAAGUAUGACAAUGAGGAAUUUGAAGGCUACGAGAAAACCAACCCUACUUUUAAGGAAACUCUUAUCCUCCGUGAAGUGCCUGCCCACCUGCAGAACAGUUGGGAGAGUUAUUACAUGGAGAUCCUGAUGGUUACGGGUCUGCUGGCCUACAUCAUGAACUACAUCAUAGGCAAGAACAAGAACAGCCGCCUGGCCCAGGCCUGGUUCAACUCCCACAGGGAACUGCUAGAGAGCAACUUCACUCUAGUCGGUGACGAUGGCACCAGUAAAGAGGCGACCAGCACCGGGAAACUCAACCAAGAAAACGAGCACAUUUACAACCUGUGGUGCUCAGGGCGGGUGUGCUGUGAAGGGAUGCUCAUUCAGCUUAAGUUUCUGAAGAGACAGGACCUGCUCAAUGUGCUGGCCAGGAUGAUGAGACCAGCUUGUGAUCAAGUGCAAAUCAAAGUGACCCUGAACGAUGAGGACAUGGAUACGUUUGUAUUUGCUGUGGGUAACAAGAAGGCCAUGGGGAGGCUACAGAAAGAGAUGCAGGACCUGAGCGAGUUCUGCGGCGAUAAGCCCAAGUCGGGGGCGAAGUACGGCCUCCCUGACUCUCUAGCCAUCCUAUCAGAGAUGGGCGAGGUCACGGACGGAGUGAUGGACAGCAAGAUGGUACAUUUUAUCACCAACAACGCCGACAAGAUUGAGUCCAUCCAUUUUUCGGACCAAUUCUCUGGUCCAAAAGUUAUGCAAGAGGAGGGUCAGCCCCUGAAGUUGCCUGAGACCAAGAAAACGCUGCUGUUUACAUUUAAUGUGCCUGGGAUGGGUAACACAUCUCCCAAAGACAUGGACUCUCUGCUUCCCCUUAUGAACAUGGUCAUCUACAGCAUCGACAAAGUCAAGAAGCUUCGCCUUAACAGAGAGGGGAAGCAGAAGGCCGAGAAGAACCGCGCUCGCGUGGAGGAGAACUUCCUGAAACAGACGCACGCCCAGAGACAGGAAGCUGCACAGACUCGCCGCGAGGAGAAGAAGAGAGCCGAGAAAGAGAGGAUCAUGAACGAGGAAGAUCCCGAGAGGCAGCGCCGUCUGGAGGAGGCGGCGCAGCGUCGGGAGCAGAAGAAGCUUGAGAAGAAGCAGAUGAAGAUGAAGCAGAUCAAAGUGAAAGCCAUGUGAAAACAACAGACGCAUAAACACACACACACACACAAAAAAACACACACGCUCUUUAUUUUAAAGUUUCCACUUCUUCUUCCGUAGUUUCUUCCUGCACCUGCCGAUGUCAAGCACAUAACCAACACACGCCCGCCCACACACACACACACACACACACACACUUUCAUACAGCCGUUUUGAAUGUGUGCACAAUUUCUGUUUGCUGCUACUAUUACCAAGGAGACAGCCUGUCCAAUCAGGAUAGAGAGAGCAGCUGGUUGUGGCAGAGUCUUAUCUGUAUAAGAUAAUAGGAUUGGAGGAGGGUGAACUGACUAAGAUUGGAAUUAGUGACAAGCUGUCCAGUGUCCAGCAUAUCCUUUUAGCAAUGAUAAUUUGUAUGGAUUCCUAUAAAGAGAUCUCUCUCUCUAUCUCUUUUUUUGUUGUUGUCGUUACAACGGUCUUUAAAUUUACAGUUGUAUCGUCAAGCAAUUCAAAUUUGAGACACUUCUGAAAAACAACGUGUUGUAAUAGUAUCAAAGUUAUGAUAAGUUGUUUUCUGCCCAAAAUAUCACAUCUUGGGGGGGGGGUGGGGGGGGGGAAUCUGCAAAUUGGAAAAAGAAAACCCCGGAAAUUACUGUAGCUUUGUGAAAAGAUAGACUCUCCCUUGUCAUUUUGAAAUGGCAUUGUACCCCAAGUAUACUAUAUAACACUCCUCCUGCUGUAGCAUUACUUAGACAAAACAGUUUUCUCCUCCAAUCCAGUUCUCUUCUGCGGUUUAGUAUGGACCUAGAAUCUUCCAUAUCAGAAGUGUUGCCACGACGACACAGGUAGAGUUAUUCAGGAAAUUUGUUUUUGUUUGUUUGUUUUUUCACUGGUUCUUCAUUUAAUUUCCCCUCUCCUGCCGUCAAAAGUUUGUGACUCUGUUGUCGGUCUCAAUCAAAUCAGGGAAGGUUUUAGAAACGGAUGGUCAAGGAAGCACCUUUUUUGUUUUUUGUUUGUUUGUUUUUCAUUUUUGUUUUUUUUUGAUAACGAAUUGCUUCCUUUUCCUUCUAAUGAGAGCCCACGAAUUUGAAUUCUGCAUUUUUUUAAGAUGAAUUAAUGGCUUGUGAUUAAAAAUUUCUUUUUAUAUGUGUGAAGGCACAACAUGUCUUAAUGGUUUAGAUAUUACUGUCAUGGUCACACCAAUGCUAAUUAUUAAAAAAAA